GGGAGGUGUGAGCCACCUCAGAGCUCACGGGGAGACCUUGUGCUGGGCUUCCAGGUCGCCUGUGCGCCCCCAUGGGAGCCCCAGCGGUGCCCCCACUCUGCUUGCUCCUGGCUUGCUUCUGGCCAUCCCAGGGCGAGCCCGCCACGGAGCCUCUUCCAGGGCAGCGUCCAGCCACAGCGUUCACCCAGAGCGCCAGUGUGGAGCUGGAGCCCGAACCCACCGGGGAACCCAGCCACAGCUACCAGGAGGUGACCACUACCAUAGGUCAACACUCAACAGUGGUGGGAGGCCAGGAGGCCGAAGCCCUGGACUCCGUGGCCAUGUCCUUCUGGGAGCGGCGGCUCCAUCGGGCCAAGUGUGCACCAUCGUACUUGUUCUCCUGCUUCAACGGCGGCGAGUGUGUGCACCCAGCUUUCUGCGACUGCAGACGCUUCAAUGCCACUGGACCCCGCUGCCAGCUGGUGUACAACUCCGGCCCCGAGAGGGACAGCAUCUGCCGGGCAUGGGGGCAGCACCACGUGGAGACCUUUGACGGCCUCUACUACUACCACUCCGGGAGAGGCAGCUACACGCUGGUGGGACGCCAUGAACCCGAGGGGCAGAGCUUCUCCAUCCAGGUGCACAAUGACGGCCCGUGCGGCUCCGCCCCCUACACCUGCUCCAGGUCCGUCAGUCUCUUUCUUGCUGGUGAGCAAGAAAUCCGUCUGGCCAAAGAAGUCACCCAUGGAGGUGUGAGGGUCCAGCUGCCUUGCAUGAUGGGUGCAGUGCAGUUGCAGCGGCUUGCUGGCUACAUCAUCAUGCGACACCAGUCAGCCUUCACGCUGGCCUGGGAUGGCGCUUCAGCUGUCUACAUGAAGAUGAGCCCAGAGUUCCUGGGCUGGACUCAUGGGCUGUGUGGGAACAACAACGCUGACCCACACGAUGAUCUGGUGACCAGCUAUGGGAAGCUGACGGAUGACGUGGCCGAGUUCGUGCACAGUUGGCAGGAGCAGGCCCCCGACCUCUCUCCAGGGCCGGCAACCCCUCUGCCUCGCCCACCCUGCUUGCAGCAGAGCCUGGCGUCCAUGCAGGGUGUGUAUGAGCGGUGUGAGGCCCUGCUGAGGCCCCCCUUCGAGGCCUGCCAUGCCUACGUCAGCCCUCUGCCCUUCACAGCCAGCUGUACCAGUGACCUCUGCCAAUCAGGAGGCGAUGAAGCCACCUGGUGCCGAGCGCUGGCUGAGUAUGCCCGGGCGUGUGCGCAGGCGGGGCGCCCUCUACAGGGCUGGAGGACCCAACUCCGACAAUGCACUGUGCACUGCAGAGAGAAGGGCUUCACCUACAACGAGUGCAUCGCCUGCUGCCCCGCCUCCUGCCCGUCGCAGGCGGCGUGCGUGGACAGCGAGAUCGCCUGCGUGGACGGCUGCUACUGCCCCAAUGGGCUGAUCUUCGAGGAUGGGGUCUGCGUGGCCCCAGCUGAGUGUCCCUGUGAGUUCCACGGGAACUUGUACCCACCUGGCUCUGUGGUGAAGGAAGACUGCAACGUCUGUACCUGCGCGGCAGGCAAGUGGGCGUGCAGCUCUUCCACCUGCCCAGCUGAGUGCUCAGUCACUGGUGACAUCCACCUCACUACCUUUGAUGGCCGCCGAUACACGUUCCCUGCCACGUGCCAGUACAUCCUGGCUAAGAGCCGCUCCUCCGGCACCUUCACAGUGACGCUGCAGAAUGCUCCGUGCGGUCCGAACCAAGACGGAGCCUGUAUCCAGUCGGUGUCAGUGAUUCUGCAUCAGGACCCUCGGCGACAGGUGACCCUGACACAGGCAGGCGAUGUCCUUCUGUUUGACCAGUACAAGAUCACCCCACCCUACACAGAUGACGCCUUUGAGAUUCGGAAACUGUCCUCUGUGUUCUUGCGGGUGAGGACCAACGUGGGCGUGCUGGUCCUCUACGACCGCGAAGGGUUGCGACUCUACCUGCAGGUGGACCAGCGAUGGGUGGAAGACACCGUGGGCCUCUGUGGCACCUUCAAUGGCAAUACACAAGACGACUUCCUGUCCCCCGUGGGUGUGCCAGAGAGCACCCCACUACUGUUUGGCAAUUCUUGGAAAACGCUGUCUGCAUGUGUCCCGCUGCUCCCUGGCACCCCCCUGGACCCCUGUGAUGUGCACCUGCAAGCAGCCUCCUAUGCUCUGCAGCACUGCAGCGUGCUCACGGGGGAGCUCUUUGCGCCCUGCACCGUGUACCUGAGCCCCAUGCCCUACUUCGAGCAAUGUCGUCGGGAUGCCUGCCGCUGUGGGCAGCCCUGCCUGUGUGCCACGCUGGCCCACUAUGCCCGCUUGUGCCAGCGCCAUGGUCUCCUGGUUGACUUCCGUGCCCACCUGCCAGCCUGUGCACUGUCGUGUGAGGCCACCAAGGAGUACAGUCCCUGUGUGGCCCUGUGUGGACAAACAUGCCAGGACCUGGCAAGCCCUGAGGCCUGUGCGAAUGAUGAUCAUGGCAACUUCAGCAGAGAUGAGUGUGUGGAGGGAUGCACCUGCCCACCGAACACGUAUCUGGACACACAAGCUGACCUCUGUGUCCCCAGGAACCAGUGUUCCUGUCACUUCCAAGGAGUGAGCUAUCCCCCUGGAGACAGCAACAUCCCCUCCCUGGGCCACUGCCACUGCAAAGAUGGAAUCAUGAGCUGUGACAGCAGAGCCCCAGCUGCCACCUGUCCAGUGGGACAGGUCUUCGUGAAUUGCAGUGACCUUCACCCAGACCCUGAACUCAGCAGGGAGAGGACGUGUGAGCAGCAGCUGCUGAACCUGAGCGUGCCAGCCCAUGGCCCCUGCCUGUCGGGAUGCGCCUGUCCCCAGGGCCUGCUCAGACGCGGGGACGCGUGCUUCCCACCAGAGGAGUGUCCGUGCGCCUGGAAGGGGAAGGAGUAUUUCCCUGGGGACCAGGUCAUGUCUCCCUGCCACACUUGUGUGUGCCAGCGGGGCUCCUUCCAGUGCACCCUGCACCCCUGCGCCUCCACCUGCACUGCCUAUGGCGACCGACACUACCGCACGUUUGAUGGGCUCUCAUUUGAUUUUGUGGGGGCCUGCAAAGUGCACCUGGUCAAGAGCACGUCAGAAUUCACCUUCUCUGUGAUCGUGGAAAACGUGAAUUGCUACAGCUCUGGCAUCAGCUGCAGGAAAUUGAUUUCCAUCAACGUUGGCAACUCGCUCAUCAUCUUUGACGAUGAGUCAGGGGAUCCUAGUCCCCAGAGCUUCCUGGAUGAGAAGCAGGAGGUCCACAUCUGGCGAGCAGGGUUCUUCACGCUGGUGCAUUUCCCUCGGGAACACAUCACCCUCCUGUGGGACCAGAGGACCACGGUGCAUGUGCAGGCUGGACCUCAGUGGCAGGGUCAGCUGGCGGGCCUCUGUGGGAACUUCGACCUAAAAACCAUCAAUGAGCUGCGGACCCCCGAGAACCUGGAAUUAACUAACCCCCAGGAGUUUGGCAGCAGUUGGGCCGUGGUCGAGUGUCCAGACACCCUCGACCCUCGGGACACUUGUGUCCUGAAUCCUCUCCGAGAGCCGUUUGCCAGGAAGGAGUGUGGCAUCUUGCUCAGCGAGGUGUUUGAGACCUGCCACCCUGUGGUUGAUGUCACUUGGUUUUACUCAAACUGCCUGACAGACACCUGCGGGUGCAGCCAGGGUGGUGACUGUGAGUGCUUCUGUGCCAGUGUGUCCGCCUAUGCCCAUCAGUGCUGCCAGCAUGGGGUGGCCGUUGACUGGCGGACGCCCCGCCUCUGCCCGUAUGACUGCGACUUCUUCAACAAAGCUCUAGGUAAGGGUCCCUACCAGUUGUCCAGUGUGGCGGCCGGUGGUGCCCUUGUGGCCGUGAAGAAGGUGGGCAAUGACGUAGCCCUUGUGAAGGUCGAGGACGUGGCACCAGGGGACAUUGUGAGCUUCCUGCUAACAGCUGCUCUGCACAAGGCCAAGGCCCAUGAUCCCGACGUGGUGUCUCUGGAGGCAGCGGACAGACCCAACUUCUUCCUCCACGUCACAGCCAACGGGUCCGUGGAGCUGGCUAAGUGGCAGGGCGAUGAAGCUUUCCAUCGUCACGCCUCCUUCCUGCUCCACCGGGGGACCUGGAGGGAAGGCCUGGUGGCCCUGGAGCCUCUGACAAAGCCUGGCUUCUUCCUUUUUGUGUUCGGUCUCGGGCUGUCCCUGAGGCUGUACGAGCACACGGAGGCAUUCCGGAGGGGCACGCUCUUCCACCUGCUGGAUGCCGAACCCUCAAGGGCUGCUUACCCCAUCUGUGAGUGGCGCUAUGAUGCCUGUGCCAGCCCUUGCUUCCAAACCUGCCGGGACCCGCGGGCAGCCACCUGCCAGGAUGUGCCCAGGGUAGAAGGCUGUGUCCCCGUCUGCCCUGCUCCCAAGCUCCUGGAUGAGGUCACGCAGAGAUGUGUCUACUUGGAGGACUGUGUGGAACCAACACCUUUGGUUCCCGCAGAGACCCUUGGUAAAGAGACCUUGGCACCUGGUCAAGUGCUUCCCUUGCCCAGUGACCAACAGCCACAACGUCCACAGGAAUCCCUCCCAGCCCUCACCCACGGGCCAGCCCUCGCCCCAGCAGCCCCGUUCACCUUGGCCUUGAACGCACCAGUGGCCGUCACGGCGGGGCCAGAGCCGUCUCCAGGCCGCACCCGGCCCACCCUGCAGCUUCCACUGGGGCUCACAGCAUCUAACUUCCCUGUCCUCCACACAGAGAGCCCCGUCAGCCAGAAAGUGACCACCAACCUCCUGGCCACUUCCCGCCUCGCAAAGUCCUCGUCCCUCCCCCUUUCGCUGCAGACGCCCACACCCAGCACGGCAUCAGGUGCCACAGAGACAGCAAAGGUGACCACGACCUUGGCAGGGAGCCCCAACACCACAGUCUCCUCUCGGUCACCCUAUGCACCUCGCUUCCCACUCAUGACCAAAGCAGUGACAGUUCCAGGCCAUGGCUCCUUGCCUGUCAGAACAACCCCCCAGCGCCCAUUUUUGCCAGCAAGUUCCUCCUCUGGGACAAUGGCUUCCCCUGGAGUGACCUCCAAGCCCCCCACCCCCCCGGGAUCACACACAGCUUUGGUGACACCCACAGUAACUAAAGUCACAAACAAGACAGGGAUGCCCCAGCCCACCCAGGCUCAGAGGGUUUCAAGUCCCAGCAGACCGCCGGCCAUGGUGACCACAGCCCAACAGGUCCCUGCCAGUCCCUUUGUCGCCAAGGAUACGGAGGUGUUGCUACCUACAGGGAAGGGUGAACCUGGGCACAGCCAGCUUGUGGGACUGUCAGGGUCCCCACAUCCAAGCCCAGACCCCAAUGCCUUGCUCUUCCCAGCCCAACACACCAGCGCAGCCUCUAGGAUUCCAGGCGAGCCGCCAGGGGCCCCGGCUCCCGCCAGCCCAUCCACAGGUGGUCAUGGGCUGGGGACCGCGGCCUUAGUUUCUCUGGGGUCAACGCGGCCAUCGCAGCUCCUCUCUGGCCUGCCUCCUGAGUCCAGCUUGCCCCUGGCCAAGGUGGGCACAUCUGCCCCUGUGGCUACGCCGGGUCCCAAAGGCUCUACCAGCCCUCUACAACAUCGGCCUCAGGCCGCGUCUCUUGCAACGGCCACCACCCCACCUGCAGCCACACUCAGCCCCGCUGGGCCGCUUUCCCCGGCUGUGGUGGCCCAAGUGCACCCUCCCAGCCACACAGUCCCCCAACUAACGAGCCUCCUCCUGAGAUCCACGCCGCCAGCCUCUGAAGCUGUGGCCGGGACUGCAGGAGUAGCCCCCGCUGGGUCUGUUUCCCCACGAUGGAGCACCACGCAGAAGAUGGCCAUCUUAUCCAAGCAGGUGUCCCUGCCCACCUUCAUCUACGGCGCGGCUCAGAGUGGGUCCCCAGAGCGCACGCCCACUGGGAGCCAUACUGUUGUCUCUUUGGUGACCGAAGCUGAGGGACUCCAAGCUGGUACAAUGCCACCAGUGCCCACAUCCUACGCCUCAAGCCACGUGCCAGCCAGGACAGCCUCCCAAGAGGGCUCACCGGCUCUGCCGCCUCAGCUGGUGGAGUCCCCCGGGACCUCAGCAGGGGCCCAGCCCCCAGCGCAGCCAGUGAGCGAGACCACCACCCAGCAGUCGGGGCGCUCAGCCCCAGCUCAGGGCAUCGGACAGGGGGCAGCGGAGGCCUUGGCCACCGCUGGUCAGGCGACCACAUCUGCUGCCUGCGUGCCCGUGGCCGAGCAGGACUGUGUCCGCCACAUCUGUCUGGAUGGCCAGCUGACCCGCGUGAACCAGUCCCAGCACUGCCCUCAGGGCGUCACGCCGCCCCGCUGCGGGGUGCUGGGCCUCGCUGUGAGGGCGGGUGGGGACCGCUGCUGCCCUCUCUGGGAGUGUGCCUGCCGGUGUUCCAUCUUCCCUGACCUGAGCUUCGUGACCUUCGAUGGCAGGCACACAGCCCUGUACAGGGAAGCCAUCUACAUCCUCAGCCAGAGCCUGGGGGAAAUGAUCACAGUCCACGCCCUUGACUGCAAAAGUGCCAACCUGGGACACCUGAACUGGCCCCCAUUUUGUCUGGUGAUCCUGAAUGUGACACAUCUAUCCCAUCAAGUGACUAUAGACCGCUUCGGCAGGAGAGUGACUGUGGACUCGCAGGCUGCCCGGCCUCCUGUGAGCAGGUAUGGCUUCCAAGUUGAGGACACGGGCCACAUGUACAUAGUCCGAACGCCCUCACGCAUCCAGAUCCAGUGGCUCCACAGCUCGGGACUCAUGAUCCUGGAGACCAGCAAAGCCAGCAAGGCCCAGGGCCGAGGCCUGUGUGGUAUCUGUGAUGGCGAUGCGGCCAAUGACCUCACCCUGAAGGAUGGCUCUGUUAUCGGGGAGGCUCGGGACCCUGCUCCCUUUCUGGAUAGCUGGCAGAUAGCCAGCUCCUUGACCUCAGAGGGCCAGGCCCGCUUCCGCCCAGACAGCUGUGCCACGGCCGACUGCUCGCCCUGCCUCCGCAUGGUGUCCAACCUCACCUUCAGUGCCUGCCACCGCUUUGUCUCCCCGGAGUCAUUCUGUGAGCUGUGGAUCCAGGACACCCAGUACGUGCAGCAGCCUUGCGUGGCCCUGACCGCGUACGUGGCGAUGUGCCUCAAGUUCCACGUGUGCAUCGAGUGGCGUCGCUCCGACUACUGCCCCUUCCUGUGCUCCAGCGACUCCACCUACCAGGCCUGUGUGGCGGUCUGUGAGCCCCCUGAGACAUGUCAGGAUGGACUGCUGGGCCCGCUGGACCCGGAGCAGUGCCAAGCGCUGGCAGAGGGCUGCGUGUGCUCCGAGGGCACCAUCUUGCACCGGCGCCACUCUGCACUCUGCAUCCCCGAGGACAAGUGUGCCUGUACCGACAGUGCGGGGGUGCCCCGCGCCUUGGGGGAGACCUGGAACAGCUCCCUCAGCGGCUGCUGCCAACACCGGUGCCAAGCCCCAGACACCAUUGUCCCUGUGCACCGGGACUGCCCUGGUCCCCGGCCUGAGAGCUGCCCACGUUUUGGGGAGGUGGUCUUGCUCCAGCCCACGGAGGACCCCUGCUGCCUAGGGUCUGUCUGUGUGUGUAACCAGACUCUCUGCGAGGGCCUUGCCCCCACCUGCCGCCCAGGCCACCGGCUCCUCACCCACUUCCAGGAGGACUCCUGCUGCCCUGGCUACAGCUGCGAGUGUGACCCUGAUCAGUGUGAGCCGGCGCUGGUCCCCAGCUGCCGCCAGGACCAGGUGUUGCUUGCGGGCCGCCUGGGGGCGUCAUGCUGUACCUCCUACUCCUGCGCCUGUGGCGAGUGUCCAGCCCCCAUCCCCGAUUGUCAGGAAGGGGAGGUGCUCACGGUACAGGAGAACAGCACGGAGCUGUGCUGCCCUCUCUACCAGUGUGUGUGCGAGAGCUCCCGUUGCCCCCACGCGCAGUGCGGCCUGGGCACGUCGCUGGUGGAGGUGUGGAGCCCGGACCGCUGCUGCCCCUACAAGUCCUGUGAGUGUGACUGUGAUGCCAUCCCAGUGCCCCGAUGUCAUCUGUGGGAGAAGUCACAGCUGGAUGAAGCGUUCAUGGGCAGCGAGGAGAAUGUGUGCGGCUGUGCCAAGUACGAGUGUGUGAAGGCCCCUGUGUGCCUGAGCCGCGAGCUGGGGGUGAUGCAGCCGGGCCAGACGGUGGUGGAACUCUCUGCAGAUGGCGUGUGCCACACCUCCCGGUGCACAGAUGUGCUUGACCCUCUCACCAGCUUCUACCAGAUCAACACCACCUCCGUGCUGUGCGACGUUCACUGUGAGGCGAACCAAGAGUAUGAGCACCCGCGGGACCUGGCUGCCUGCUGCGGCUCCUGCAGGAACGUGUCCUGCCUCUUCACUUUCCCCAAUGGAACCACGUCCUUGUUCCUGCCCGGUGCGUCCUGGAUCGCGGACUGUGCCCGCCACCACUGUGGCGGCACUCCCCUGGGUGCCGUGCUCGUCCGCUCGCCGAUCAGCUGCCCCCCACUCAACGAGACCGAGUGCGCCAAGGUCGGGGGCUCCGUGGUCCCUUCCUUGGAAGGAUGCUGUAGGACGUGUAAGGAGGAUGGACGUUCUUGCAAGAAGGUGACCAUCCGCAUGACCAUCCGCAAGAACGACUGCAGGAGCAACACCCCUGUGAACCUCGUGUCCUGCGACGGGAGGUGCCCAUCCGCCAGCAUCUACAACCACAACAUCAACACCUACGCCCGCUUCUGCAAAUGCUGUCGUGAAGUGGGGCUGCAGCGCCGGUCCGUGCAGCUCUUCUGUGCCACCAAUGCCACCUGGGUGCCCUACACAGUGCAGGAGCCCACGGACUGUGCCUGCCAGUGGUCCUGAGGCUCCUUGGUAGGGCCAGCCGGGCCAGCCUGCCACCCCCACAUUCUGCUUCCAGCUGGCUCUGGUGGCUGAUGAGGGGCCAGCCGGAUGGAGAGCUGGUAUGAGCAAGUGUGGAACGGUGGAUGGGAAGAAGCCUUCUUCGCAGGACCAGAAUGGGCCCCAUUUGCCCAUUGUAGCUCUGGGUCCCCUGCCUUCCACACAUGGGAAAGUGCCACUAUUCAGUGUUUCUGCUCUGUGACCCAGGGACAGCAGCCCCUGUGCAUCUGUGACUCUGGCCAGGCUUCUUUGGUGGAGGGGCCUACAGCUUUCCUGGGACAUUUGUAAUCAAAGCAGACCCCAAACCAAGCACAGCUGACAACGUGGCCCUGUUGAUACGGGAGAAACACAGGCAUCGUAGAACAGGCUGUGGUGGCAGCGAACAGUCCUGCAGAGACUGGGCCGCAGGGCUCCUCCAAAGCAAAGCGGGUGGGCUUGAGGGCGCAGGUCCUCCAGGGCAGCUCUGUGAAGCCAGGCCCAGAGGCUGACCUUCAAAUGCCCUCCCUCCCCAGAGGGUGCCCUGGUGUUCUAUUACUUAAAAGAGCAGGCCCAGGCCUGUGCCUCUGAGUGUCACAGGCUCACCCCCAAGCCAGCUUCCUGGUAGGUGUGGAAGGCAUGAAUCCCUCAGCAAGGGUCCAGCAGCACUCAUCUUGGAUGCUGGGGUGUAGUCCACUCCUCGGAGGGGCUCUCGCUGUGUGACGGGCGCUUUCGAUCUGCGAGCGCAGCUGCCGCCCUGUGCUCUGCCUCCUCCAAGGCUGGAGCGCAGCCCAUGUCUGCGGGAAGCGUGGCUCAGCCAAUCCCUGGCUCUGCACUGCUUGGGGCUGGCUGGUAGGAGAUGAGAGUGUCUCUUGGUGAAAAUGCAGCCUUGUAUGUGUGUCCCUGAGCGUCUGUCACACACUGUUUCCUAGCCAGAGUGUCCUCAGGCCAGGACCAGAGCUCCUGUCCACACGCCACCCUGUAGUGUCCUCUCCCAUCCUUUGUGCUGGGUCCAAAAGUCAGGCCCUUGAUGCUGUUCAGGCACCAGCACCGCCCUGAUGCCGCUGUGAGUGGAGGCAGCUGCGUCAGCUUCUGUAACUAUGUUCUGUCUGUGGAUCAAUAAACCGCCAGAGGUUCCGGAGCAUC